AUGAACCAACUUCUAGAGGCAAAUGAUGGAAAAACAGCUGUAUUAAUGUCAAUCAGAGAAAAGAAUAAUGCAGACAAAAUAGUUAAUAGAGAUCACUACAAAAUGGAGAGGAAAAUGAGGGAGUACAACGCGAUCACAGUUAUAAAGACUCAACAGAUAAAGCAAUAG